GUAUACAAGUGGGUGGUACUGUGCAAUACUGUAAAAUAAAUUGGUUCGUGUAGUUUUAACUUUAAGUAAGAUUAUUUUAAAGAGUGCAAGUUUAUCGUGUUGCUCUAUAUAUAUUUGCGUUUGUUCGUAAAUAUAAGAAAGUACAUACAACAUAUGUAUUAAAACAUCACUUCUAAUUGUAUAUAAUAUAUUUACCUCGUUAAUUUCCGAUCUGAAAAAGUUGCACUUGCACUAAAAUGGCACCAAGGAAGAGCAAAUCUGCCAACCUAAAAACUGUGGCAAAGAUUGAUUCAAGUAUGAGUGAUUCAAUUAUUUCAAGUCAAGACUGGACAAAGUUGAAGAUCAUUGAUUUGAAGAAAAUGUGUAAGCAACGGAAUGUGGAUUCAACAGGCACGAAAGAUGUUUUAGUGAAAAGACUACAAGAUCAUGACAAUAAAGCAGAUGAACCCCCAGCUAAGCUUAAAAAGGAAGAUAGUGAAGGCACAAAAAUUCGAAAGGUUUUUGAAAAUCUAAAGAAUGAGCCCUCCAAAAAAGGAAAAUCAAAGCCAGAUGAGUAUUGUCCAGUAUCAACAAAUGUUGAGGUAUUUGAAGACUUUGACUGUAUGUUGAAUCAGACAAAUAUUGGAAAUAACAACAACAAAUACUAUGUUAUUCAACUUCUAAAAAAUAAAACUGCCAAAUCUUAUUAUGUAUGGAACAGAUGGGGACGAGUGGGAGAGCCAGGUCUGAGUGCCUUACGAGGACCAAUGACUAGUCUGGAAUCUGCAAAGUUGGACUUUAAAAAGAAAUUCCAAGAUAAGACAAGAAACAAGUGGGAAAAUCGGGACAACUUUGUGCCACAUCCAGGAAAGUACACACUUUUGGAAAUGGAUUCAGAAGAAACAGAGGAUGAUGAAGAAAAAUUAAAGCAGCAGGCCCAAAUGUUGGAUAACUUGUCACCAGCUAAGAAGUAUAAGCCCUCUUCUUUGGACAAGCCAACCCAAGAUCUUCUUAAAUUUAUUUUUGAUGAAGACAUGUUCAAGGAAACCAUGGAGAAUUUUGAUAUAGAUGUAAAAAAGAUGCCCCUGGGAAAAUUGAGUAAACAACAGAUCUCUAAAGGAUUUGAUUCAUUGCUAGAAGUUGAAGAAGCCAUUAAAAACAAAAAGAGCAAAAAAGACUUGGAACAGCUGACAAAUCGGUUUUACACCCUCAUACCCCAUGCAUUUGGAAGACAACGUCCACCAAUUAUUGAUACUCUUGAAAUGAUUCGACAGAAAAAGGACAUGCUGUUAGUAUUGAACGACAUAGAAAUUGCUCAGAGCCUUUUGAAAGAAAAGGCUGACAACAAACAGGAUUCUGCAACCACAGGGCCUCAUCCUGUUGAUGUAAACUACCAGGUUUUAAAAUGUAAACUUGAACUUUUGUCACAGACAACAGAAGAAUACAAGAUUAUCAAGAAGUACCUAGAGGCAACUGGUCCUGCUUAUUUGAAGCUUCUUGAUGUGUGGAAGAUCGACAGAGAAACAGAGGGUUCAAGAUUUAAUGCACAUAGUUCCAUCAAAAACAGGAAACUUUUGUGGCAUGGUACUAACGUUGCCGUUGUGGCAGCCAUCAUGAAGAGUGGGCUGAGAAUUAUGCCUCACAGUGGAGGGCGUGUUGGAAAAGGAAUUUAUUUUGCAUCUGAAAACAGCAAAUCUGCUGGAUAUGUGGGUCCCUGUCAUGGUAUUGGUAUCAUGUUCUUGAGUGAAGUUGCUCUUGGAAAGGAAAAGGUCAUCACCCAAGAUGACCCAAGUUUGGUGAAACCUCCAGCAGGCUUCGACAGUGUGUUAGCUCACGGAUGCAAAGAGCCAGAUCCUAAGAAACAUACAUAUCUAGAGCUAGAUGGGGCUAAGGUGAUUGUACCACAAGGAAAACCCAUUACUAUGUCUCAGUACAAUAAAAGCUGUUUUUCUCAGAGUGAAUAUUUGGUGUACAAAGAGAGCCAAGCUAGGCUUCGAUAUCUUCUAAAAUUGAAGUUUUGAGAUGUAAAAUUCUUGUUAGGUCUAUUUGAGUGUAUAGUGAAACAAAUUUUAAUAAGGAACACUUAAUAUACGUAUAUAUAUAUACACACUUUUUUCUUUUGUUGUUGUAAGUAGCUACCGUUCCAGGAUUUUGAAAGUAGGGCAGGGGUGGGAGAGAGGUGUGAGGCAGACAGAUCGAUUGGGAGAGUCAUGAAAGAUAAAUUACAAACUUUUAAAGUAUGAUUAUUUUUUCUUUGGGGCUCAAUGUUACCAAGGUGAUCCACAAUUAGUAGCUUUCAAAUGUUCUCAGUUCUUUCUGUGAUUGACUGCAAAGUUAAAUGGACUAACUAAAUGUAAAGAGUUAUGUGAUGUGGUAUUCUGUGAGUUGUAGUUCUGUUUUGGAAAUUUUUGGGUAGGUGGACAAGUAUUUAGGUCAGUGCUGACCAACUCUCUCCUCUCCCUAACAUUGCCAAUGAUUCUAAGAGAAAAGUAAUUUUAACUAUUGUUCUGUUGUUGAUAGUUUUUUUUUCUAAUUAAGGGUAUUAACCUCUGCUAAUUAGGUAUGUAGAUACUUCUAAAGUAUCUUUCAGUUUGAAAACCCAGUCAAGUAAUAUCCAUAUUAUUCUCUUAACAACAGAGAAAUCCAAGCAUACUUCAAUUUUACAUUUUAUUAUAUUAUAUAAACAGAUUAGGGAACAGAGAAGACUGUGUGUAUGGAAACAGAAAAUUUCUAGAAUCAUGAAUUAUCUCAAACAGUCAUGAUUAGAUCUUUUUCUCAAAGAAGUUUUUGUUUAUGUUUUGUCAAACAUGUAUUUAAUGAAUUAUAUUUAGUGUUUUGCUAUUUAAAAAUGUUUUCUUUUCUAUGAUAUGAUAUUAAUAUUGAUUCUUUAUAUUGUAAUUGAUUUCAAUUCAUGGGAAUGCUGCUAUACAUAAAUUGUAGUUUUUAUAAUUUUUAUUUGUGUGUGAGAAAUAGAAAGUAUGUAUAUAUUUUCUGUAUUUUCUCUUUGUUAAAAUUUGUAAAAUCAUCAGUUUAUUAAGAAGCAUUAAUUUAGAAAGAAGUUGUAGUCAGUAUGUAAUAUGUAAUGUUCCAGAAGUUGUUUUUAUAAACAUCUUGCUGGAUUUAAAAUCUUAUUCAAUAAGCUGAUAAGAACCAAGUACUCUUUCUAACUUAUCUGUAGAAUUAAAGUGCUUGUUCAUCUUUUUCAUCAAUUAUUGGAUGAGAGAUCAGAUCUCAAGAAUUACUAGUUGUUUAUUUUUCUCUGUGAUCAUGAACAGUCAAGAUCAGUACUGAUAGUACAUAUUAGUUUAGUCAACUGCCUUGCACUGGACAAGUUAAGAAAAUACACUAUAAAUAUGAAUUAUUAUUUUUGUUGUAAUGAUUAUAGUGCUGUGAUAUUGUUAUUGUAUUAUUAACCAUAUAAAAUUAUGGAAUUUUCUGAAACCACUUGAUUUAUUUUUGAAAGACAGAAUGAUGCACAGUUAUGUAGCCACACAAAAUAUUGUAUGAUUUGGAUAUGUUACUUCUAAAGGCAUGUAAAUGCUGGGCAAGUUUUGUUACUAAUGGAUGCCCUUCAACAUGGGUUCUGUUAGGUACUGGUUGUUUAGGGGAGCAUUUUCAGAUUGUAGCCUGCACCUCAGUGACAUAACUAGUCAGCUCCUUGGUGGCAAGAGUUUCCUCUGCUACUGCAUUGUUUUUUACUUGACAAAAAAUUGCAUUUAUAUGCCUGUAGAAGUAAAACAUUCAAACAAUAUCCAAAUUGGACAAUAUUUUGGGUGGGUUCAUAGUUGUGAUUCAUCCUACAUAUUGUUGUUGACAGUUCUCGUUGAAGUAAAUGAAUUUAUUUCUCUGCCUGAAAAUAAUUUGUGUGCAUUGGUAAGUUUUAUUUGAUUGUGUAAUACACGAAUUGGAUGCUGGUUUUCAAUAACCACUAAGUGUUAUAUCAAAUUGAAUAAUAAGUAUGGGGUUUUACAAUGUUUGACAGCACAUUUUUAUGACUUACAUGACUUUUUAUGACUUUUAUGUUCUGUUCUGUAUUGCAUCAAGUAUAGUUUGUGAGGCUUUAUACAAUGCAAGAUUUUUAUAUCAUUGUCAACAAUUUUUUAUUGUGAGUGGGUUGCUACAUAAAAUGAUACAAUGCAUUUUAUCUGUUAUAUCAAACAGCAGAUUUGUCAAGAUAUUCAAGCUUAUAUUCCAUUAACCACAAGUACUUAGUAUAUCAAGAAUUGAGCAGUAGGGUGUUGGUACUGUAUCAUAUUAUUUAGUCCUUAUGGGAGUUUUUUAUUACAUAUCUACCUUGUACUCAGAGUCUGUAGGUUUUUCACAACAUGAAGUGUUAAAGCAAAUGUUGACAGUUUUUAUUUAUGUUGUGUGUUAUACAGAAAUAAGCUACAAGUUUGCUUGAUAAAUACUGUGUUACUCCAAUAAUUCAUUAAUUACCUAUAUUGUGCUACAACUCUGUAGACUUUAUUGGUAUAAAGUGUUAUACAAUAAAUCAGUUGGUUUCAUAGUAAAUAAUGUGUUAGAUCAAAAUGUUGUAUGUUUCUUAUAGCAUUGUUUUUCAAGGUUCAUAUAUAUAUAUAUAUAUGAUAUUGUUACGUCUCCGUUCGUUUGUUA